CGUAUGUUUUACACAGUUUAGGCAUUCAACACCUUGAAGGAAAAAAAUGGGAGGCUAUUUUACUUUCCUCGUUUUGUUCUUGUGCAGUUUUACAGCUUAUGGAGGAGAAGGAGGAAGCUAUUCUUCCACUGUGACAUAUGGAUAUCAAACACAACAGACGACAAAGCAGACAACACAGCAGCCAAGUACUGGAAAAGUAACAUCUGGGACUAAUGCUGCAGUCAGUACAGCUACCUCCGGAAGCGGAAGUGGAGGAGGGUCAGUAAGUGGAACAGGACAUAGCGCAUCUGGCCAGCAACACGGACAAUGCGGAAACAGUGGUCAAAACCUCGGAAUCAGUCAAAUAGUGUUGCUUUUAUGUUUUAUUAUAAUAACUUUCUGUUGAAUCCUGUGCUUAAAAGACUUCACACUCAAAGUCCAUAUCAGAAUUGUAACUUACAGCAUGCAAGUGUUUCAGUGAGAAUUAAAUAAAGGUGAUUCAUUGAAAACAACAUGAAAAAUAUCAGAUAUCUUU